AUGGAACUAACGUUUAGAGCAGAUAUCCAAUCCAAGAAUAUUCUCAUCAGCACAAAGAAUAAAUCCAUAUUUGAUGAAUGGGAGCAGAGUGAACAGUCAGAGCCGAGCCCACGGAAGACAUGCGGUGAUCAUACAGUCUAUCGAUCUCGACUUUUCCGUCGUAAAAAGGGUUGGAGUAGGAAUUUUGGGAUGCCUCUCCUCUCAGACUUUGGCGAGGCUCGCAUAGGAGAUGUACAUAGCGGAAUUAUCCAACCAGAUAUAUUUCGUGCGCCUGAAGUUAUCCUUGGGAUGAAUUGGACAUCAAAAGUCGACAUUUGGAAUGUCGGCGUACUGGUCUGGGGCUUAUUCGAAGACCAUCAUUUGUUCGACGGCAGGGGAAGUGAUCACAAUCAUUCGGACGUGCAACUUUUGGCAGAAAUGAUAGCCAUCCUCGGACCUCCACCACUUGAUUUUCUCCAUCAAUGCGGUCAAAGUCGCCAGUACUGGGACGAUCUGGGUCAGUGGAACGGCCAGGUAACUGUGCCUGACUAUUCGUUGGAGGAUUCAGAAGAGUACCUCGAAGGCGAGAACCAGGAGAUGUUUUUACAGUUUAUGAGAAAGAUGCUUCAAUGGGACCCAGAAAAAAGAUAUGGUGCCAGAGAACUUCUGAUGGACCCAUGGCCCGCCGCAGCUGAAAAGUCAAGUAAUCAACAAGAAGCUGAUUCUUCCUCAAACAACGCCUUCCGCGCGCUUCCAUGGCUGGUCCAUAUCUUCUCUGACCCUGCUAUUUUCCCUCAUACAUGCUCCUCCACACGCAAUAGAAUCCUUGGGUUUGCUUAUCGACUUGUCGACAUGUCGACGACAGCCAUCUCCAACGGGUCUGCGACCUCGCACAGCCUGAGAGCCCGCGCUCUCAAGUCUGCGCAGAUUGAAGAUGACGACCACCGUCAUCCAAACUUUCCCAGUCAUCCUUCUCUUGAGAGGAAUCCAACGGACUCAAGCGGCACGUCGACCCCCGUUCCGGACGAUGCGCCACCUUCAGUUCGAUCGAUAUCUACUGCUCGCAAGCAGGUUCGAGCAAGGCAUCGCCUGUUCCAUACCAUCGACUAUGUCCCUCGCGUUUCCCAUUUCGAUCCUCAGUCCGACUACCACAACUUUCGCGGCUUCUUCACGCUGUUCUGGAUUGGCCUUUUCAUCAUGGUUGUAACCACAAUGCUGCGCAACAUCAAGGACACUGGCUAUCCGCUCCGCGUCAAAGUCUGGAGUCUGCUGUCUGAAAAUGUGUGGCAAUUGGCCAUCAGUGACCUGGCCAUGGUGGCCACUUCGUUCGUUUCGCUCCCGUUCCAGAUCAUGUUCCGGAGCAAGAUGAGCUGGCUUCACUGGUCUCGCGGCGGCUGCUUGCUUCAGAGCUUCUACCAGAUGGGAUGGCUCAUGUUGUGGAUCAAGUGGCCGUUCAUGAUGGAAUGGACAUGGACAGCCCAAGUCUUUUUCACGCUCCACACUUUGACGAUUCUUAUGAAAAUGCAUUCAUACGCCUUUUACAACGGACACCUGAGUGAAACAGAGCGACGUCUUUCCGAGCUGGACAAGCCUGGUCACGCUUCAAUGGCUUCCGCGGUUCGCUAUCCCAGGUCUCCCGUUCGCGCCAAUAGUAUAGAUUCUGGGUUUGACUUCAAACAGAACGAACCCAUAUCCAAAUUACGUGACGAUCUAGCGACUGAAUUAACCUCGCCCCUGGGUCAUGUCACGUACCCUCAAAACCUGACGACAGUCAACUUCAUCGACUUUUUAUUCUGCCCGACCCUUUGCUACGAGAUGGAAUACCCGCGAACCGAGCGCAUUCGCUGGAGCGAGCUGUUUUUCAAGACUCUGGCUGUGUUUGGCUGCAUCUUCCUGCUGACGCUAACCAGCGAAGAAUUCAUCGUGCCUGUACUGAACGAAGCCAGCAUCAAUCUGUCCACCGUCACCAGCCGUGUCGAAUGGGCAUUGGUUCUCGCCGAAACAACAAGCAUGCUCCUCUUCCCCUUUAUGAUUACUUUCCUACUCGUGUUUCUCGUCAUUUUCGAAUACUUGCUCGGCGCCUUUGCCGAAAUCACCCGCUUCGCCGACCGCCGUUUCUACUCUGACUGGUGGAACUCGUGCGACUGGCUGGAAUUCUCUCGCGAGUGGAAUAUCCCUGUACAUCAUUUCCUGCGCCGACACGUGUAUUUCUCAUCCAAAUCGUAUUUUUCGCCGUCGGUUGCGAUGCUCGUGACCUUUUUGGUUAGUGCGCUUGCGCAUGAGCUUGUGAUGAGUUGUAUUACCAAGAAACUGCGCGGAUACGGGUUUUUGGCGAUGAUGUUGCAGUUGCCGAUUAUUGCGGUGCAGCGGACGCGGAUUAUUCGGCAGGCCAGGACAUGGAAUAAUGUCGUGUUUUGGUUCUCCAUGAUCCUCGGUUUAUCCAUGAUGUGUGCUCUAUACGUCCUAGUAUAA